UCAGUCGCAUUCGCAGCUUUUCCUCUCCAGCCCGUGGGCAUUGUUGUAAAAACAGAAGGACAAUACAAGAAUAGAGUGGAGGAUAAUAGAGCCUCUAAAGGGGCAUCAGGGAAUCUGUCUAUUGGAUCUGAGCGGCUCAGUCCUCGUGCAUGAGGCACUAUAUGAGAGCCGUGUGUCGGAUGAACGUGUAGUUUCACAGCGAACAGACAGACAGAGGAGGCAUGAUUCUGAGACGGAGUCCAAGUUUUGCGGUGCUGUCCGUUCAUGUGCUUUUGCGGUGCCUGUGGAUGCGGGUAUGUGAGGCAUCGGGACAUUUUGAGAUGCAGGUUCUGUCCGUGCAGAACGUGAACGGGGAGCUGCAGAGCGGCGCGUGCUGUGACGGUGCACGCGCCGCGUUGGACCGCACAUGCACGGCGGACGAGUGCGAUACGUUUUUCCGCGUGUGUUUGAAGGAGUAUCAGACGCGGGUAACUUCGGGAGGCCCGUGCAGUUACGGAAGCGGAUCUACGCCCGUUAUCGGUGGGAAUACUUUUUCUGUCAAGCCCCUCGACAACACGAACGAUAAAUCCAGGAUUGUGCUGCCCUUCAGUUUCGCGUGGCCGAGGUCAUAUACGUUGAUUGUGGAGGCUUUGGACUUCAAUAAUGACUCAAGCACUGGCAGCAUUAAUGGACAAGUGAUCGAGAAAGCGGUCCAGUCGGGCAUGAUCAACCCGGACCGUCAGUGGUUGCCUCUGAAGCACAACGGCCCCGUGGCUCAGUUCCAGUACCAGAUUCGGGUGACUUGCGACGAGCAUUACUUUGGCUUCGGCUGCAAUAAGUUCUGUCGGCCCAGAGAUGACUUCUUCGGCCACUAUACCUGCGAUCACAAUGGCAACAAGACCUGCUUGGAGGGAUGGGCUGGCCCAGAAUGCAACACUGCGAUCUGUAAGCAGGGCUGCAGCACAGAGCAUGGCUCCUGUAAAGUGCCUGGAGACUGCAGGUGUCAGUACGGCUGGCAGGGCGAGUAUUGUGACCAGUGUAUUCCACAUCCCGGCUGUGUGCACGGCACAUGCGUCGAACCCUGGCAAUGCCUGUGUGACACAAACUGGGGAGGGCAACUCUGUGACAAAGAUUUGAACACCUGUGCCACGCGGCAGCCCUGUCUCAAUGGCGGCACCUGCAGUAACACCGGACCAGACAAAUACCACUGUGCCUGUCCUGAUGGCUACUCUGGACAGAACUGCGAGAGAGCGGAUAAUGCCUGUCUGUCUGAGCCCUGCUUGAACGGAGGGAGUUGUGUGGAGUCCAGUCAGGGGUUUGAGUGCCAGUGUGCGCCGGGCUGGACAGGACCGUCCUGCAAUAUCAACAAAGAUGACUGCAGUCCGAACCCGUGCAAUCACAGCGGUGUGUGUGUGGACCUGGUGGACGCUUUUAAAUGCAUCUGCCCCGUGCAGUGGAGCGGGAAGACGUGUCUCAUUGAUGCUAAUGAGUGUGAGGAAAGCCCAUGCAUCAAUGCCCACUCCUGCCGGAAUCUGAUUGGCGGAUACUUUUGCGAGUGCCUCCCCGGUUGGAUUGGACAGAAUUGCGACAUCAAUUUCAACGACUGCCAUGGACAGUGUCUUAACGGAGGGCUGUGUAAGGAUCUGGUCAGUGGAUAUCGGUGUGUGUGCGCACCGGGCUUCGCAGGGGAACACUGCGAGCGGGACGUGGACGAGUGCGCUAGUCGACCCUGUCUGAACGGCGGACGCUGCCAGGACGCUGCCAACGGAUUCCAGUGCUUGUGUCCACCUGGUUUCUCAGGUGUCACGUGUCAGCUGGACAUAGACUACUGUGAGAGCGGCCCGUGUCAGAACGGAGCGCAGUGUUUUAGUCUGGCCUCGGAUUACUACUGUAAAUGUCCAGAAGAUUACGAAGGCAAAAACUGCUCUCAACUCAAAGACCACUGCCUCAUCACACCAUGCCAAGUGAUUGACAGUUGCACGGUUGCCGUGGCGUCUAACAGCACUCCAGGCGGCACACGCCUCCUCUCCUCCAGUGUGUGUGGUCCUCACGGGCGCUGUCGAAGCCACGCCGGUGGGCAUUUCAGCUGCGAGUGUCAGGAGGGAUUCACAGGGACGUACUGCCAUGAGAACAUCAAUGACUGUGAAAGUAGUCCCUGCCGCAAUGGUGGUACUUGCAUUGAUAAAAUCAACACUUACCAGUGUAUCUGUGCUGAUGGAUGGGAGGGACCCAACUGUGAGACCAACAUUGACGACUGCAGCAUGAACCCCUGUCGGGACCGAGGAGUGUGCCGGGAUCUGGUCAAUGACUUUUACUGCGAGUGCGAAAACGGCUGGAAGGGAAAGACCUGUCAUUCACGCGAGAGCCAGUGUGACGAGGCUACUUGCAACAACGGCGGCACGUGCUCAGACGAAGGCGACUCGUUCAAGUGCAUGUGUGCUCCUGGAUGGGAAGGCGCCACCUGUAAUAUAGCGAAGAACAGCAGCUGCCUGCCGAACCCCUGUGAGAACGGAGCCACGUGUGUCGUGACAGGUGACGGCUUCACCUGUGUCUGCAAAGAAGGCUGGGAAGGGCUCACCUGCAGCCAGAAUUCCAACGAUUGCAACCCACAACCAUGCUAUAACAGCGGUACGUGUGUGGACGGGGAUAACUGGUACCGCUGUGAGUGCGCCAGUGGAUUCGCAGGGCCGGACUGUCGCAUCAACAUCAAUGAGUGCCAGUCGUCUCCCUGUGCAUUCGGGUCCACGUGUGUGGACGAGAUUAAUGGCUACCGCUGCUUGUGUCCCCCCGGCAGGACCGGGUCCAGGUGUCAGGAAGUCACCGGACAUCCGUGUGUGGCUGGAGGUCGGAUCGCUGUGGAUGGAGCGAAGUGGGCCGAAGACUGCAACACCUGUUACUGUCACAAGGGCAUCGUGAGCUGUACUAAGCUGUGGUGUGGCCCUAAACCCUGCCGUAUGCUCGGCUCGGGGCGAGGUGACUGUCCGCUGGGUCAGCUGUGUGUGUCGCUGCGUGACGAACAGUGUUUCGUAAAGCCCUGCUCGUCUCAGGGCGAGUGCAUGUCUGCUCACCGGCCGGCCGUACGUGCGCGCUGUCACCCCGAGAGCGACUGCGCCAACGUCACCUUCACCUUCAACAAGGACACCAUGCCACAGGGAGUGACGGUGGAGCAGGUGUGUCGUGAGCUGAGACAUCUGUAUGUGACUAAGAAUGUUUCGACUGAGUUCUCCAUCUCUAUGACCUGUGAACUCUCUACUGCCGCCAAUAAUGAGAUCCAUGUGGCCAUCCAUGUGACUGAGGAUGGCAUCCACGGCCGAGUUCCAGUUAAAGAGAUCACGGACAGCAUCAUCGAUCUGGUGAGCAAACACAGCGCGAACAGCACCAUCAUCGGCUCCAUCGCUGAGGUCCGCGUGCAGCGCAGGCAACCGCAAAACCCCAAUGUAGACUACUUGGUGCCACUGCUGGUUUCCAUCGUGACGGCGAUCUGGGUUUUGGCCCUGGCGUCGGUGUUCCUGUGGUGUGUGCGCCAUCGCCGCAAACAAAGCUCCAGCCCCACCGCCAUCAACCCCGCCACCCCGUUCUCCACAGGAACCGCAGAGGAAAACACGGUGAACAAUGCCCGUGAGCAACUCAACCAGAUCAAGAACCACAUCGAGAAGAACGCGUCUAACGGCAGCCUGCCAGGGAAAGAGCACCUCUGUGACGUCAAGAACACCGUCAACGCCAAAAUCAGGACGCAUUUCUCCGAGUCCACCAGGCUGACGCAGGACGACCCCAACACGCGGUUGCAGAAGACACGCUUCCCGCAUCAGCCGGCCUACAUGCUGGUGGACCGAGACGACACGGACGGUAAAGCCCCGCUCUGGACUAACAAACGCGACAACAGAGACCUGGAGUCGCAACACAGAGCUCCGGAUUCACAGCAAAGAGACCCGGACACGCAACACAGCUCGCGCAAAAUGGAGUUUAUCGUAUAACAAUCAUUGACGACGUCUCGAAAAAGGUCAAAGAAUAGCCAGUGAAUCAAAAAGCUUAUUGUUGACUGUGACGACAAGUCCGGGCAGUAUUUGUUCAGGCGUUGCGCUGCAGUGUGGACCACAGGCUGGUCCGUGUCUGUGGCUGUGCGUCAGUCAGUGUCUGUAGGGCCUGGAGACAUUAGCCUGUGCGGAACGUAGAGCCUCGAUGACGAAACCUGAACGUGAAUGUAAUUGGCCAGAAUCUGCUACGGAUCUCACUAAAAACAUGUCCGGGUCACAUUUCACCCUAGAAAUCAUAGACAUUAGUAGAUGACAAUUAAGCACAUUUGUCUCCCAAAUUCUCAUUAUUAUCUUGGGGUUUUUUUUUUUUGUCGUAAUAUCCUCAAAAGUGAAAUACUGCAGUUUUGUACAGUAACAAAUACUGUAAUACUAGGAUUUUUUUUUUUUUUUGCAAAUCAGCAUAAAUUUGGGGUACAUUUACAUGACAACAAUGUACUAGAAAUGGCAAAGUUUUUCCUUCGCAUUUUUGAAAAUUUUCUGUUCGCACAGAUCCACGAUAACAAUGAAAAGAUGUGCUGUAUUAUUCAUGCCAGGCCAGUAGAUGGCGAUGCCACGUUGUAAAGAAACACUACGUGCCUAUUGAUUAAAAACGUAACGCACAAGCGUUGUAGUUUACACUGAGACGAUAAUGGUAUCAUUUUUCAAAAACAUGCACCUUGAAACCUGUUUUCAAAAGUUUUCACGCCCCAAAAAACGCAACUGUCGCGUAAAUGAGCAGCCAAAAGGUUUUCAAUUUUUAAUUGAUCUCGUGUAAACGCCCCCCAAAGGCAGUACAAUUAAUUCUACAACUGCUAUAAACGGCUAUAUCGAUAUUUUUAAUUAGGCUGCUGUCACUUUAAGACCUGACGCACGGAUCCAUUACACUGUUACACAUGCGUUUACUUUCUAUAAAUCUAUAAAUACUGCAGUUUUAUACAGUAACAAAUACUGUAAUACUAGGAUUUUUUUUUUGCAAAUCAGUGUAAAUUUGGGGUGUAAUGUACUAGAAAUGGCAACGUUUUUCCUUCGCAUUUUUGAAAAGUUUCUGUUCGCACAGAUCCACGAAAACAAUUAAAAGAAGUGCUGUAUUAUUCAUGCCAGGCCAGUAGAUGGCGAUGCCACGUUGUAAAGAAACACUACGUGCCUAUUGACUAAAAACACACAAGCGUUGUAGUUUACACUGAGACGAUAAUGGUAUCGUUCUUCAAAAACAUGCACCUUGAAACCUGUUUUCAAAAGUUUUCACGCCCCAAAAACGCAACUGUCGCGUAAAUGAGCAGCCAAAAGGUUUUCUGUUUUUAGUUGCUCUCGUGUAAACGCCCCCCAAAGGCAGUACAAUAAAUUCUACAAUAAAAAUAAUAUACCAUUAUUUUCUUUUUUCGAAUUAUGCUUGAAUUAUGCUGUUUUUGCAUCGCGGAAAUGAGAAUUACAGGGUAAUGUGCUUAAACUUUAUAGCGCUAAACAUAAAAUAUAGUGUCUUUUUACUUUCUAAUGACUUUGGGAUGAAAUUAGCCAUGGAAAUGUUGCUGAGGGUUUCGUGAACUGAACGGCACAUGCAGACUGGAUUCAGUUUUAAAACUUAAUGCACCAGAAAUAGCUUGUAAAUCAAUUAUUACUGGUGUAUCAUGUGCUUGAAGAUUGUAUUUAACGCCCAUUUAUUGGGUUUUUGACUGGAUUUUAUUUUCCCGCUCUUUCCAGCAGUUCAUUUUUAUUUAUUCUGCUCUUUUUUUCCUUUUCUUUUUUACAUGUGUACAGUCAUGCCUAGAAGUUGCUGUCUAUAUGAAAUUCACCGUCAAUUUAGAUGUUGUAUAGAUGACUUUGUACAUAUUUUCGAAUUAAUCAUUGUGUAUAUUUGAUUUAUUAACUUAAUAAUCAAGAGCCUAUCGUUUUGUUUUUAUUUAUAUACAUUGUUUAGGUUUGAUAAUGUGUCCAAUCUUUGUAUUUUUGGAUGGAAAAUAUUGUCUCUUGUUUCUGAAAUGCCAAAAUAAUAGUUUAUUUUUGAAGAAUAGCUUGUUUACUUGUGUCUAAAUCCAGAAUACAAUGUGCAAUGUUAAGAAAACGCGCAUGGCUUGUGUUUGUACUGUCCUGAGACGUAGGCUAGAUGGGAUUUCCGUCUAGUGUUGAUGCAGAUACACUUUUCUAAAACCAUUCCUGAACAUGUUUAGCAUGUUUUCUGCUCAUAACUGUGUUAAAUGAAUUUGGCAGCCCAGGAUAUCAAACAAUGCUGGUCUACUUUUUUUUAUAACAGUAUUAAAAUGAACGUGAACCAAAACGUCUAAAGGGAACGAACAGUAUUAGAAGUGCAAUGUAAUAUGAAAUAUGAAGAGAACAGAACUGAAUGUUAUUAAGCGAGACAAACAUGAAAUCAAAAUAAUUUUCGUAGACCGCUUUUAUGAAUUGAUGUGUUUCUGCUUCAGUGCCAAUCUGUGUUACUACUGCCAUGUUGUCUAGUUCAUUUGUUGAGUUUGUUCCUUUGAUUGUUUGUCUAUGAAAAAGCAGAGCCAUGAAAACAAAUCACCCUGGGGUUUGUCAAAACAUUUCUUUUCCAUUUUCAUAUUUUCAUUCAGUUGUUGACAUUUGGAUCCUUAAAUCAAAUAAAAUUUCACUUGAAUGUUUUGAAUUUAA